UGGCGGCUGCCCAGUGAGGCGCAGCGGAGGUUUUCCUGGUUUCGGACUCCAGCGGCCGGAUGGUGAAAUCCUCCCUGCAGCGGAUCCUCAACAGCCACUGCUUCGCCAGAGAGAAGGAGGGAAAUAAACCUAGUGCCACCAUCCACGCUACACGCACCAUGCUGCUCCUCAGCCUGCACAGCCACGGUGGACGCAGCAGUGAGAGUUCCAGGGUCUCUCUCAACUGCUGUAGUAACCUGGGUCCAGGGCCUCAGUGGUGCUCCGAUGUCCCUCACCCACCCCUGAAGAUCCCAGGUGGGCGAGGGAAUAGUCAGAGGGAUCACAAUCUUUCAGCUAAUUUAUUUUACUCUGAUAAUAGGCUGAAUGUAACAGAGGAACUAACGUCUAAUAACAAGACGAAAAUUCUCAACGUCCAGACCAGGCUCACAGAUGCCAAACACAUUAAUUGGAGAGCAGUGUUGAGCAGCAGCUGCCUCUACAUUGAGAUCCCAGGCGGUGCUCUGCCAGAGGGGAGCAAAAACAGCUUUGCAGUUGUUCUUGAGUUUGCUGAGGAGCAGCUGCAUGUUGACCAUGUCUUCAUUUGCUUCCACAAGAACCGUGAUGACAGAGCCGCUCUGCUCUGAACCUUCAGCUUUAUGGGCUUUGAGAUUGUGAGACCGGGGCAUCCCCUUGUCCCCAAGAGACCCGACACUUGCUUCAUGGCAUAUACGUUUGAGAGAGAGUCUUCUGAUGAGGAUGAGUAGCAGCUGUGCCGCCUGUACCCUUCACCACCACUGACAUCAUCACAGACCAUGGCCCCCUUUUUGUGUCUCGCUUUGUGCGAGUGGUGUGACCAACUGCUGUGCCUGGUGCAAAUGCCAGGCUUAUUCCUUCCUCUGGGUUUGUCCGCAUGUUGUAAUUGUGCAAAUAAACGCUCACUCUAAAUUU